AUGGCUAAUUCAACAGAUGUGGCAGAGAAUAAAACAAUAUAUGAAAUAGAUUUGACAACAGAUACUCUAUUAAUCCUGUCACUUUCUCCAUCUAUAUCUUUCAUGACCAAUGAAACGACUAGUGAAACAACCAGUGAAGUGGCUAGUGAAGUGACUAGUAAAGAUAGCUCAAUGAGUAGCGAUGAUGAUUCUGAAUUCGAAUUAGGGUAUAAAUUAAUCAUCAAAACUGUUGAAGGAAUUUCGUUAUCAGCAAAAUGGUUUAAAGAAUCAAUGUCGACUGUAGAUGAAUUUCUUCUAUCAAUUCAUAAUAAACUCAUUAUGUUGACCAAAGAUAAUACUCUUUUACCAACUGAUUAUAGCAUAGCAUUUAAAGCACCAAGAGAAACUGGUGUCAGUACCCAAUUAGCUGAUGCUCAUGAUUUUAUAAAGUUUAAGACAGAAUGUUUAAAGUUAGUUGCAAAAAAAAAUGAUAUGGAAAUUUAUAUAAUGAUUAUGGAGACGACUCAAAUAAAACAAAAUAAAAAGGCUUCGAAUAUGAAUAAAGGAAUGGUUAUGAUUAAUGACCCCCCAACAUAUCCUCUUUUUUCUCAUACCAAGACAUUUAAAAAGUUACGCUCUUCUGCAUUGUCUUCCUCACAAGCAUUAUUACUAUUCUCUGAAGUACCAUUUUUAUUUUCUGAAGCACUAUCACCAUCCUCACAGGCACCAUUACCAUCUUUACAAGCACCACUACCAUUCUCACAAGCACUGCUAUCGUCAUUACAAUCAUUACAAGCACCAUUCAUUCUAUUACCACAAGCUUUAUCACAAACGUUAUUUGUUCCUUUAUCACAAAAUAAUUGGACUUAUGGGCCUUUAGCAUUUCAACUAUUUUCAUUACCUUUUAAUUUAUAUCAAUUUAAAAAGCAGGAAGUUUCAGUAAAGAAUUUAAAAACAUUGUCAAAUGAAGCAUUUAAGGAAUGUGGUGUAAAAACAGUUGGUGCCCAACAAACCUUGCAUGAUUAUACUAAAAGUAAUCAUAAUUAUAUGAUGGUUAUGUGGUAUGCAAAAAAAGAAAGAUUUGAAGAUUAUUAG